CGACCCGAUAGCCGGGUCUGGCCGGUCCUGGAGGCGGCGGCGCAGCCAGUGCGGGACGGACUUGUCAGCGGUUAGCAGCGGCAGCAGCAGCAGCUCCCGUACACCAGCAGAGCAGGCUCCAGCUGCAAGUCAAGUGGCGAUGGCGCGAGGCAUGGCGAAGGCGGACGUCCGCCUGUGGCUGCUGCUGGCAGCGCUGCCUGCUAUCCUCAGCAUCGGCGGUGGUUCAACCAUCGUGACGAUGGCGCAGGAGAUGAAGCAGGGUCCACAGUUUGAGGAGAUCACCAAGUACUUCGAGGGCAUCGCGGACGACCGCACCAAAGUGACGUGGGCCCACCGGGUCAACAGCCGGCAGGCGCUGACCAAAGCCCUCAACGACGACACCCUGAUGAUGUUGGAGGCGGACGUGAGCUUCGGCAAAGUGAACAACACGGGAGAGGACAUGCCCGUAAUGGCUCACGCGGUGACCGACAACAUCGAUCUGUCCCUCGCAGAGUUUCUCAAGGUCGUCAACGAGACUGUGGCGCCGGGAAAGGUGAAGAAGGGGGUCAAACUCGACUUCAAGUCGGAGAUGGCCUUCAACAAGUCCAGGGACGUCAUCCAGGAGGCGCGCAAGCAGAUGGCGAAACCAUAUCCAUUGUGGCUGAAUGCAGACAUCCUGGUGGGCCCAGUGGGUGCUGAUAAAGAGAAUGUGAACCCAGAUGUGUUUCUGAAUGAAUCCAGCAUCCUCUUUCCAUCAGCUGGCCUGUCAGUGGGCUGGACUACCAAGGUUUCCUCUGGUGACUCUUGCUACACUCAAGAGCACUUCAAGAAUAUGUUGGCCUACCUACAGAAGUACAACCUAAACAACUCCAAUAAUGUUACACUGGCUGUGAGAGCUAUUUAUGCUGGCCGCUGCUCUGAGAAACUGGUUGAAUGGCUGGAUUCAAAUCUCAAAAAUUCCACUCUUACCUUAUGGACUGGUGAUACAGAUAAGGUCGAUCCUGAACCACUCAGAAACCUCGUCACAAAGGUGAGCAAGAGGCGCAUUUAUGUGGAUUUGCCAGAACCUUUACGUGGUCAAGUACUGAAUACCACAACUCCAGGAUCAAGCAGCAGCAGCGUUGGAAUAAUAAUCGCUCUUAUUGUCCUUCCCUUCACCCUUGCUCUGAGCAGACUUCAGUAAAUCUUUUAUAGGCACUGCUGAACUGUUUAAGGAUUUCCAGUAAGAGGUCCUUUGAGUCAAUGUUAUUUUAAAAAUUUUCUGCUCGAAUGUUGCUUCUUGCUGAAUUCUUGGUAAUAUGUGAACCAAUUGUUAUGGAUAGUAUUAAAUAUAUCCCAUGAUUGAGAUCAAACCUUUUUUGUGUGAAGCCAAAAGUGUAAUGUUUACAGUCAUUAAUACAAUUCCUCUAUGAUUAGAGCUUAUAGUAAGUAUGUUAGAAGUAUUUAUAGAAUAAACAUUCCCCUCAUAUCAAUUUAAAUGGUUUUUGUAGUUUUGUUAUGGAAAAGAAUGAGGCAAAGAUUUUUGUAUCUGUGAUCUGAGAAUCUUUUGUGUUAAUCAGUGUCCAGUGCAGAUGAGUUUGUCUAUUAUGUAAAUUGUUUUACCAAAAGCCUGUUCACCUAAAGUGAAAAAGAAGAGAGAAUGAGUCAGCAUCAAUCAUCAGCACUAAUUACAUUAGAGCAUCAAAUGUAUAAUAAAUAACUUCAAUAUGUUUGGCUAAUUUACUACUACCAUUAUCUAUACCUGUUUCAUUGGAUGAAACUUGCUAUCCCUGUUUGCCAUAUUUCAGAUUGCUGUUGCUUGGUUCUCUUAUUUCUUCUACAAAAGUAAGGGCUUUACAUCAGCAAUAUAGAUAAGAAAAUGUUUUGUUUUCUUUCUUUCUGCAAAUUUGAAAUGUUGAGAGCAAAUAAUGUAGAUAAGCUAUACCUAGAUAUGCUUUUGGCUGUAUUCAUAAAUAUGUUGUGAGAGGAAAUUUAAGCUUUGUACUGAUUGCACAAAGUGCAAAAUACUCCUAUUGCAGAGUUUACCAAACUUGACACAGACCUCAUACACUGUAAGAUUUGGACUGCACAACAGUAGAAUGUGGCAAAAUUAUAAUAGCAAAGUAGAAAUAUGUUAAUUUCUCAUAAUAUUCAUCAUAUCCCAUGCUUCUGAAAGAGUUACUAACCACAGUACAUAGAAAUCAGUGUAAAAGAAAAUGGUUAUAUGUUGUAACAGAUCAUUUUUGUGGCCAGUACUUGUUCUCUGUAUAUAAAUAAAUAUUUUUCAGUUCUCUCUACAUUUUACUUGUGUAUUUAAUUCUUUUUAUUUUGGCCCUGAAAUCUUAAAUCAUUUAAUAUUUCUCUCUUUAAAAAAUCUUCAUUAUGUGUAAUAUGAUAUGCUUUUUUUUAAAGCAGCAUAGCUUCAUAGAGACCAGAAGAAAUGAAAGCUUGGGUCUUUAUAAAAGUAUGAAACAAUUUAAUGAACAAUAUUAAGCUGCUAUACAGUCUGCAAAGAAUGCUUUGGAUUGGUCAGUUUUUACUGUAAAAAUAUUUAAUAAAUUUUAAGUGCAGUCAGAUGUAUAAAAUAUCAGUAAUGUAACAAGAUAGUGAAUGUUUUCAUUUUAUUCAUCAGAGGUACUUCUUAACAACAGCAAAAAUUCAUCAGUUUACUAAUUUAGACAUGUAACAGACAUAUGAUGUCCAACCAUAGCCACCAUUGCACAGCAAAUAAGGAAAAAGAGACCAUGAAGUGUAAGUUCAGUGUGUUAUAUGUGUCGUACCUAAUGUUUAUACUCUGUGUCGUACCUUAUGUUUGUACUCAUUGUAUCUACAUUGCAAUGGCAGGAGAGGCUUGUUCUGCUGAUAAGUCUAAGCUGCUUUCUAAAUGAAUUAUGACAGAAUUUGUGUGAAUUCAGAUAUCGAAAACGGCUCUCUAGAUAAAUUAUUUGCAGUGGGGUAGUAGGAAAAUGUGUGAUUUGAUAUAUUGUUAGUGUAACCUGUUAUCAUAACACUACAAAGAAAAUAACAUUGGUACCUUAAUCUGCUGGUGUAUUUUGAUGUGCUCUUCAUUAACAAAGGAAUUAACAUCCCUAAUCACAAUAUUUCUCAUUAAAAUGAUGUGAAGUAUUUAUGUCCACUUCCCAAUAUUGGUAAGAUAGGCCUAUGCAAAUGUUUCUAACAAGAAGGAUUUUUAAUAACAGUAUGCAAUAGCUAAACUUCACAAUCAAAGGAUUCAGUGAUACAAUUAUGAUGCUAAAAUUAAUGAACUGAGUACUUACUGAUACUCACUUAAGUUAUUGUGAGCUUCAUACACAUCAACAUAGCUCUAAAAAUCACAAUUCUAAUUUUUUUUUGUUAUUCCAGAAACAUAACUUAGUUUAUUAUUGUUAUACAAACAUGGUAUUCAGUAUAAAGAAUUCCUUUCCACAAUAUUGCUCUGUUGCUUGUAUCGGUGUGUAAAUACCAGCUUGGUAUGCUCACAGGCAGAGGUCCAGAGAAGUAUUUUUCUACAAAUAGGACAAUAUGUGUGAUAAAAAGUGUCCCAAAUGAGCAUUUAAAUCACAGUUUUUGGCAAUGCUGUAAAGUAGCUGCUCCAUAGUUAAAUGUAGGCUCUAAGUACUUGGUUCAAAAUUUUUCCUUUUUCCAUAUAACAAUACUGAUUUAAAGCAUCGAGCUUUUGUCUGUAUCAAAACCACUCUUUCUUGUCCUUCAAACAACUGUAAUGUUUUAGUUCAAAUUUUUCUUGUUUCUGUAUGUGAAGAAUCAGGUGAUGGCUUUAAGUUAGCUGGCAAAGAUUAGAAACAAAAGAGAGCAGUUGUAAGGAAAUCAGAAGUAUUGGCCCGUAAUCUUCUGCCAUUUGAGAAGAGAUUUACUGGAUUUUGAUUUUUAUCAACAUUGUCAGCUGAUCAAUAACAGGAAAGUAAAUUUAAACUCAACUUUUCCUAUAACAACUUUUGCAACAAAUUGGUUAUUUUGUGUGCUUAUGUACUUAAUCCUUUGCUACAGGUAGUCAUUGUUAAUAAGUGAUCUGUUAUUUAUUUGUGUGUGUAACAUGUGGCAAUUUUAAUCUAAUUUUCUUUGGGCAUCAUGUGGCUUUUUAGCUAUUGACUACCACAAGCAAAUGUUACAAUUUAAAUACAUGCUGUGGCAUCACAGAAUAUAAAUCAGAUUAUUAAUAAAAACAACAUAAAGGCGGUGACCAAUUGGACAAAAUCUAUUUUCUACAUUCAACAGGCGGAAAUACACCAACUAUACUUGGAAUGACUUCUUGAGCAUUGAAGCUACUCAGAUUGUUCAUUCUUUCUAACAACUUCCAUGUUAAAUCAGAUAUGAUAGUGUUGUUCUUGUAUUAUAAAAGGUAAACUGAACAACAAUUUUCUUUUGAUAGAAAAUGUACUGUACAUACUUUGUUUUGUGCUAAAUAUCAGCAUGAUUAAAAUAUGACAAAAAUAUAUUAAUUUCAUGCAACUUUUUUUAGAGCCAAAGAGAGAUUUUUCUACAUUUUUUAAUGUACUAAAUAUGUUUGUUUAUCAACAACCAGAGUUUUACUGUGUUUUCACUUUUAGGUUUGAAGAAACAGCCACUUGUUGUUUUGUUCUGGGUGGCUGUAUUAUCUGCAGAUUUAUACUGUACUUUCUUGUUUGGUGAAAAAUGUGUGCGCUUAUAAAUUCUCUCUUAGCUCGUGAUGCAAUGUGCCCUACAGCAUUGUGGCUAUCUUACAGAAUAUGUGUGUUUCUGACUUCUAAUGUUGUUGCUGAUGUUUAUUGUAAUAUUUAAAAAAAUGUGAUACUGAGUCUGUGUAAAAGCUAUUUGUCAGAAUCUAUAGUCAUAGACAAAAAUAUAGUAAAGUAUUAUGCAACAGAUUCUGUUAACUUGGUAUGUUGUAGAUUUGUCAGCAUGGUGUCUUUUUGCAAUAAAACAUCCUAAUUUGUGUAAAAACUUCAAACUGUUUCAUAAAAGUUAUGGUAACCUACAAGAAGUAUAUUCCAGAUUUACUAUUACUUCUGCAUAUCUGCUUGUCAAAUUAUUGGGCUUACAUUAGUACAUGAGUGCAUUCAGAAUGUUUGCUGACAUUAAUUGAUUUUCUCUUAAAACUGAUGACUCCUGAUUCAGUAAUUGAAAGUUUCACAGUAAACAAGUGAAAGUAAACUACAUUGCAGCUCAUGUAAUACCUGUUUCUCUUCCAUCUGCAAUGUGCUUCACACUAACUUCUCGGCUUGUGUUGCAGACAUCCAGGUACUUUACAAGUGAUAGUGGUUCAGGGCUGAACUCAACAGGAGAAUAACAUUCAAGUUCUCCCAUCAGUGGUUCAUAGUUUAUAUUUAGUUAUGAAAGAAAGAACCAAAAAAAUGUUAACACCUGACUAGAAUUUUUUCAUUGCUUCAUGAACAAUAAGACUUGGUGUUUAAUGCUGUAAUAACACUGUCCAUUGAGGUAAAUUUGUGGCAUUCAGCCACAUGUCAUACUGAGCAACAGAGAAAACAAGAAGAAGUGUGGCAGAAAUAGAUCAUGGUUGUAAUUCUGAAACCAACAAAUAAGUCCAAGAACAAUCCUAGAAGAAAUUAAAUAAAUAAUUAACUGAAUGCAUCCUAAGAACAGAAGUAACUGUGAGCAGAAUAUGCUGCAUAAGGAAAAACACUGAAAACAUUUUUGAUAUCAGUACUGAAAAAUAAAGAUGACACCUGGAGAAUUUGCUCAUUCUGGUUAUGUUGGAGCAAAAUACUUGUAUUGGGUAUGUAAGAAUACUUAUUCAAAAGGUUUCAAAUUAAUUGGCAUUCUAUCAGGACUUGUAAUACUUCUACAAUAAAACACAGUCAUUCAAAACACAUGGUGUGGGCUACCAUGCUUUUAUUAUACGGUUUGUUUUUCUUCAUGUCACUAGCAGUCUAUGAAAUACUUCAUAAGAUUGUAAAUGGAAGAACUACUUCUAUUAGCAUUAUUUUAAGAAUUAUGUAACCAGGACAGACAUUUUAUCUUCUGUUAUUAUGAAAAAUCAACUUCAAAGACUAAAGUAAAUCAUGGUAAUAUGGGAUCAGAAGUUAACUUAAUCUUUUGAAUGUUGUGAAAUCAUGGUAACUAGUUGUUUAUGUCAGAUGCACUAUUUUUAAUAUGUGUUAAAAUUAUCUAAUAAAUAAUAAUAAUGGAAAUUUCUGCAUUUUUCUUAGACUGCACUAUACUAUAGCUUUUAUCAUUAUAGUAAUAUCAUAAAUUAAGAGACUGGUGUAAAUCACAGUUCUCACUUCAAGUACUCGAUGCAGCUACCUGAAAAGAUAUGUACUUGACCCAAUUUGGUCAGUGGUGUGAUGUAUAAAGUGCUAUUUGAUGGAAUUAUAAUAAAUAUUUGAUACAAAA